AUGAACGAGUUUCUCGCCCAGCCGCGACCGCGCCGGCCGCACCACGCCGACACGCUCGACCUGCCGGAGCCGACGGUGGCCUACCCGACGACGGCCACGACCAGCGGCCGCUCGACACCGGUGCCAGCCGACGCGCCGCCAUCCGUGCAGUCCCUCUCGGUCGCCCGCAAACAAGUCCGCGCAGAACAGCGGCAGCGCAUCUUUCCCACGAUCGAGUUCGCCAGCCGGGUGUCGCACUUUGACCCCAGCAGCGACCAUCGCGACUUUCGCGGCUUCUUCAACCUCUUCUGGAUCGGCCUCGCCAUCAUGGCCUUCACCAGCAUGCUACGCAACAUCAAGGACACCGGCUAUCCACUGCGUGUCCAGAUUUGGAGCCUCUUCACCCGGAAGCUCUCACACCUCGCCCUCGCCGAUCUCGUCAUGGUCACCUCCACUGCCGUCAGCCUGCCGCUGCAGCGCCUUCUCCGCACCACCGCCGCCCGUCCUGGCGGCCUCGCCUGGGCUAAAGGCGGAAAGGCCCUCCAGAACGUCUAUCAGGCCGUCUGGCUGCUCGUCUGGAUCGUCCUCCCCUUCGCCCUCGACUGGCCCUGGACUGCCCAGGUCUUUCUCCUGCUGCACGCCAUGGUCCUGCUCAUGAAGAUGCAUUCUUACGCCUCUUACAACGGCCACCUCGCCGAGACUGAGCGCCGUCUUCGCGCUCUCGAUCAUCCCGACACCGCUUCCAAGGCCCCGGCCUAUCUAUAUCCCAAUGCCGACCACCCUGACGGUGCCCUCGUCUCGCCCACUCGCCUUCACCACUCGCCCGCCGACGACUGCCCCGAUCAUGCUGCUGCCGAUGCUGACAUCGACGACGCCGACCUCUCGCUGCUGCGCCGUAGCCUCGCCCGCGAGCUCACCAGUCCUCUCGGCAAUGUCACCUUUCCCGCCAAUCUGACUUGGCCAAACUACGUCGAUUACAUCUUCUGCCCGACCCUCUGCUACGAGCUCGAGUAUCCGCGCACCGACAAAAUCCGCUGGUCCGUCCUCGCCUCCAAGAUCGUCGCCGUCUUCGGCUGCAUCUUCCUCCUCACCGUCACCUCCGAGGAGUUUAUUCUCCCCGUCCUCGUCGAGGCCAGUGCCCGUCUCGAGCCCGGCCCCCCGCUCUCCGAAUCCGUCCUCAUCCUCGCCGAGUCCAUCUCCUGGCUGCUCUUUCCCUUCAUGAUGACCUUUCUGCUCGUCUUCCUCGUCAUCUUCGAAUACGUCCUCGGUGCCCUCGCUGAGCUCACCCGCUUCGCUGACCGCCACUUUUACAGCGACUGGUGGAACAGCACCGACUGGAUGGAGUUCAGUCGCGAGUGGAAUAUCCCCGUCUACAGCUUCCUCCGCCGCCACGUCUACAGCGCCAGCCGCCCCCACAUCGGCCGCACCUUUGCCACCAUCAUCACCUUCCUCAUCAGUGCCAUCGGCCACGAAAUCGUCCUGGCUUGCAUCACCCGCAAGCUCCGUGGCUACGGCUUCAUCUGCCAGAUGUCCCAAUUGCCCAUUGUCGCUUUGCAGCAUUCUCCCUGGGUCCGCGGCAAGAACACCCUCAACAACGUCUGCUUCUGGUGCUCCAUGAUCCUCGGCCUGAGCUUGAUCUGUUCUCUCUAUGUUCUCAUCUGA